AUGUCCAUGCUUUUCUCUCUCACAACCACGCCUUCCUUCAACUCCCUAACAAUGGCGGAAUCCUGCAUUCUCUCUCUCCCUUCUCUCUUCCACGCCAAAAACAAAACCCUUUCUCUCUCAAUUCCCUCAAAGCGCCUCAAUCUCCAAUUUCCAUGCUCUAAUACUAAGCUCUUUCACCUCUCCACCAACGCCAACCGCCACCCCUCUGUCCUCACAUUCGUCGCCCAGACAUCGGAUUGGGCCCAAGAAGAAGAGGAAGAGAACCCCACGUGGGAGAACCAAGGCGACAGUGUGUGGGGAACUGAAGAAAGUGACGAUGACGCCGUGGAGGAAGUGACCGGAGGGGGUUUCGCUCAACCACCGGAGGAAGUUAAGAUCUUUGUUGGGAACUUGCCUUAUGAUGUUGAUAGCGAGAAAUUGGCUUCGCUUUUUGAGCAGGCUGGCACCGUUGAGGCUGCCGAGGUCAUUUAUAAUAGGAUCACUGACCGGAGUCGUGGCUUUGGAUUUGUCACUAUGAGUACGCUUGAAGAGGUUGAAAAGGCUGUCGAGAAGUUCAGUGGUUAUGAACUAAAUGGAAGAUUGUUGACUGUUAAUAAAGCCGCUCCAAAAGGAGCACAGCCUGAUCGCCCACCACGCCCACCACGAACAUUUAAUAAUUCUGGUUUAAGAGUCUACGUUGGUAACUUGCCAUGGGAUGUUGACAAUGCACGGCUGGAGCAAAUUUUCAGUGAGCAUGGUAAGGUUGUGGAAGCUCGGGUGGUCUACGACCGAGAGAGUGGGCGAUCGCGUGGCUUUGGCUUUGUCACAAUGUCCAGUGAGACUGAUGUGAAUGAUGCAAUUGCUGCUCUUGAUGGUCAGGAGUUGGAUGGGAGACCAAUCAGAGUGAAUGUUGCAGAGGAAAGGCCUAGACGCAGCUCCUUUUGA